AUGUCAGACGUACGCCCUUCAAACGAUCAUCUCAGUUACCCGGGAAACCAGUCAUGGCAUGUGCCAUUCCCAUCUCCACCUCUGACCCCAAAUCACAAUCCCACUUCAUUUGGAAGUGAGGCUCAGAGCAACGAUCCACUUGACAAAAUCUAUGCCGUGAAGCACGACGUCCAAUAUUUGUCUAGGGCAACAGAUUGGUGGGAGAGCAAAUGUGAGGCCAAGUGA